AUGUGUGGGGGUAGGAUCGAACGUGCUAUGGUGUCGGAGGCUGAAGCUGAGCGACGAUUCAGUGGUUUCCAUAAGCAGUUUGUUAAUGGUGGUCGAAAGUGGUUUAGGGUAAUCGACAGGAUGGACAGUGGAAGCGGUGAUGGUGUCAUGACCGAUGGUAUUGAAUCAACCAAGGCUGGAGGUGGAGGUGCAUCAGAAGCAUAUAUUAGAGUCCUUGCUAAACACAAAUAUGUGAGAAGUCGAGCCAUAACUUUGCAGAGUUAUAUAAGAUCAAUUAAAGAUAUACUAAAACAUGCUUCAAAGCUUCUCAAGGCUGAACUUCCUUUAUCACUUAGAUUAAUUGAUGGAAGCAUGGAAAAUGCCAACCAUGUGAAUCUUGAUGAUGAUAAUCAAUCUGAUUCAGAACCAAUGGUUGUAUACUGCCCCAAUUUAGAAAUCAAAAGAGCUGGUGUGCCACUUGGAUAUUUUGAGCUUGAUACAACUUUUUUAGCAGAUGAUCUUAAAGACUAUGAUUAUUCCGUCAAUCUUGCAGCGCUUAAAGAUGGUUUCAUCAGUUUCCAAAAAAGCAGUAAGAUGAAGUUAUAA